AUGUUGAAUGCAUUUGUACUACAAUAUGAAAAAGCAGUACAUACUCGAAGGGCCGCCAAAGAAGAUGAAGACUUCAAGACUAUGAAAUCGAGGGCAGUUCUUUCUUCUGUGCAUCCAAUUGAAGCAAAAGCAGAUAUGAUGCCUCAAUUGUUUGUACGGGAUCCUAUUGGCCCAUCUAAUACAAAAGGGCGGCCUAAAAAUGCUACAAGAAUUAGGUCUUUAUUAGAAAUGCCGAAGAAGGAUUGUGUCACUACGCCACUAGUUGUUCAAAAAGAAAGGCAGAUGAAUUGUUGCAAGAGAAACAAUGGUGAUAUGUCUUGUUGUUGGGAGAAAUUUGGAUGGUUUCUGUUUUGGAUAGUUGAUUUUUUUAUGUUUUAAAUAGGCACAUUUUUUAUGUUUUGGAAAUAAAUGGUGUAUGAAAACCUAUUUUGGAUAAUUGCGGUAAUUAUAUUUUAUUUUGGACAAAAAAUGGUG